AUGCCUCCAAAAGCCGGCGGCAAGAAGGCCGCUCCAGCUCCAUUCCCAGCCACCAAGGCCGGUGUGAGCAAGAAGCAGGCAAAGAACCCUCUCAUCGAGCGCCGCCCACGCAACUAUGGCAUUGGCCAGGACAUCCAGCCCAAGCGCAACUUGUCGCGCAUGGUGCGCUGGCCCGAGUACGUGCGCCUGCAGCGCCAGCGCAAGAUCCUCAACAUGCGCCUGAAGGUCCCACCGGCGAUUGCCCAGUUCUCGCAGACCCUCGACCGCAACACCGCUGCCCAGACCUUCAAGUUCCUCAACAAGUACCGCCCAGAGACCAAGGUCGAGAAGAAGGAGCGUUUGCACAAGGAGGCCACCGCCGUCGCUGAUGGCAAGAAGAAGGAGGACGUCUCGAAGAAGCCAUACACCGUCAAGUACGGUCUAAACCACGUCGUCGCUCUCAUUGAGGCCAAGAAGACCCAGCUUGUUCUCAUCCCCAACGAUGUUGACCCAAUCGAGCUUGUCAUCUUCCUGCCCGCACUCUGCCGUAAGAUGGGUGUCCCAUACGCCAUUGUGAAGGGCAAGGCCCGUCUCGGAACUGUUGUCCACAAGAAGACUGCCGCCGCUCUCGCCAUCACCGAGGUUCGUGCUGAGGACAAGACCGAGCUUUCCAAGCUCGUCCAGGCCGUCAAGGAGGGUUACCUCGACAAGAACGAAGAGGCCAAGCGUCACUGGGGAGGUGGUAUCAUGGGUGCCAAGGCUCAGGCCCACGAGCGCAAGAAGCGUGAGCGCAUUGAGCGUGAGAUCAAGAUCUAG